AUGAUCUUGAAGUUUUUCUCGUCGGUCGUCUUGUUUGGCCUCUCCACCGUUCACGCUCUCCAGUACAGGGGAGUAGACUGGUCCUCUGUUCUCGUUGAGGAGAGGGCGGGAGUCAACUACAAGAAUGUUAAUGGCCAAGCAAUGCCAUUGGAAAGAAUUCUAGUCGAAAACGGCGUCAACACGGUCCGGCAAAGGAUUUGGGUCAACCCUAGAGAUGGGAACUACAACCUUGAGUACAACAUCCAGAUCGCAAGGAGAGCCAGAGCAGUUGGUCUUAACGUCUACCUAGACUUCCACUACAGCGACACAUGGGCAGACCCUGCUCAUCAAGCCAUCCCGUCUGGCUGGCCUCAGGAUAUUGAUAACCUUUCGUGGAAGCUAUACAACUACACGCUGGAUGUGUGCAAUCGGUUCGCAGACUCUGGCAUUAAUCCCGUAAUUGUGCAAAUUGGAAACGAAAUUACCGCCGGUUUCCUCUGGCCUACUGGCAGAACAAACAACUGGUACAACAUCGCGCGGCUACUGCACUCAGCCGCGUGGGGUAUCAAGGACUCAAGACUCAAUCCGAAACCCAAAAUUAUGGUUCAUCUUGACAAUGGCUGACUCGCUCAGAUCAAGCUUGACCAAUAUGGUCAACACUUGGGGCAAGGAGGUCGCCGUGGUCGAGACUAA